AAAAGGCCAAAGCUUUUCCACAUUUUUCUUUCACAUCUCCUUUUCAUUCCGUUCUACUGGGAAGAACGAUCGAAUUUAUAACCAAACAAUCUGUAUUUGGUUCGCAAGGAAAGUGUCAUUUGACACACGCAAAGCAUAUUUUAAGAGGGAUCUCAAGGGUGAGCGAAAGAGGGAGAGGAAGACUGCGCCUUCAAGUUUCUUGCCUGGUGUUCUUGAGUCCUCACAAAAACAAAGAUCAGAAGCCAUUAUGGCCAUAGUGAAAGUACAUGGAACAAUACACCAUGGUUGCUUUAUUCCCCUGAAGAGGGCAAGAGUUGAUGUUAUUCGACACCUUCCUAGAGGGCGCGGAUCAAAUGUUAGGCGGAAAAAGGGUGAAUGCGAAGAUCUUGAUUAUAUCGUUGAACCUACUAAUAAAGAUAAUGAACCUGCUGCGAAGAUUGAUAAGGUGUGUGCGCCUCGUGAAAGGAUUGAUAAGGAAAAUCAGUAUACAAGCCACACAAUAUUUAGCAAGGUUGCACCAAGUUCUAUUGCCUCAAAUAAUUGUCAGAGACUGGAGAGCAAAAGUUUACCACCGGAUCGCCAAUGCCAUAAUGAGAAGGUUUCUGUUGCUAGUUACCGGUUGAUUGAUCCUGAUGUGGAGUCCAAAGAUCGUUGCAAGGUGAAGAAGACGCUUAAUGCAUUUAAGGAGAUACUGACCAAGUUCAACAAACGAAAUUGCUCAACUUACAUUUUAGCAGCAAUUCGUUUAAGGAAUGAAGGAAAAUGGGUCUACAUGAGGAAACAAUUAGGAGCCAUUCGAGGAGUAAAAGUUGGUGACAAGUUUCGAUAUAGAGCUCAACUAAAUAUCGUUGGGCUUCAUCAACAUUUCACCAAUGGAAUUGAUUAUGUAAAGAGCAAAGAUGGGAAAAUGCUAGUCACAAGUAUUGUUGAUUCUGGUCGUUAUGCCAACAAUAUGCAAUGUUCCGAUGUAUUGAUCUAUUCUGGUGAAGGUGGAAAUUCUCCGUUUAAUAAAUUGAAACCAACAGAUCAGACACUUGAGCGUGGAAACCUUGCAUUGAAGAAUAGCAAAGAAGCACAAACUCCUGUAAGGGUAAUCCGCACCUUUAAACUUUCAAAGAGUUCAUGUUAUGUUUACUAUGGUCUAUACAUCGUAGAGCAUCUUUCAAAAGAAAGGGGGCAAUUUGGUAAGAUGGUUUAUAAAUUUAGGUUGAGAAGGAAGGCAGGACAACCAGAAAUAACUUUCAAACUGUAACUAAAAUUCUUCUAUGCACCGACAAUACGUGCAAGUGACAUAGCAUCUAUUAGGUGAUCUCAGCCCUUGUUAAUUCUAUAUCAGUUUAUAAGUCUAUGUAUUUAUCUUAGGUAACUCAGACACCUUUUGAGGUAUCAUUUGCUUUGUUUGAUUUGGCUUGUGAAGAAUGAACAAAGAUAUUUUCUAUGUACACUCUUAUCCAAAAACAAAAAAAAAAUUAAAAUGA